AUGGCGACAAACCUGCGCAAGACCACCACCAAGCGCGGGAUACUGGAGCUACUGUGGUACUUCCAUGAAGCCGAGUGUCGUGACCCUAAAGACCGUAUCGCUGCCCUUUUAGGCCUUGUACCGGAUGGCAAUCGAUUUCAUCUCGACUACACUGCCCACUGGACGGAAUUGUAUAGACAGGUUGCUUCAUUGGCCUUUGGUCUUAAUGACAGCGCCACCAACUUCUAA